AGAGCGACAGCGUAUUGAGGGGUAUCAAAGUAUAUUUUCCAAGUAAACUCCUAAAAAUAUUUAAUCGACAUAAUUAAUGUUUUUAUUUCUCUCAUUAAUAAUAAGGCAAAAUUGAGUUUAAAAAAGUAAUUGUAAAGUGAAUGAUAAUCGAAAGUAGGUAAUUGACCUUUGAUAACUUUACGUUUGCUCUGUUUGGAAGGAAAGAAAGUACGAUAAGAAGAGAAUGUCGAAGAAAGUAAAUUCCAGUGUAGGUGCGGCUUUACAUAAAGUCAUAAUGGUUGGGUCAGGAGGUGUUGGCAAAAGUGCCUUAACACUUCAGUUUAUGUACGAUGAAUUUGUUGAGGAUUAUGAACCCACGAAAGCUGACAGCUACCGAAAAAAGGUUGUUUUGGAUGGUGAAGAAGUACAAAUAGAUAUUCUUGAUACGGCUGGUCAAGAAGAUUACGCUGCCAUUCGCGAUAAUUAUUUUCGUAGUGGUGAAGGAUUUCUCUGUGUGUUUUCCAUCACAGAUGAUGAAAGUUUUCAAGCAACUCAAGAGUUUCGGGAACAAAUUCUUCGUGUUAAGAACGACGAGAAUAUCCCAUUUUUGUUAGUAGGUAACAAAUGUGACCUGAAUGACAAACGUAAAGUUCCAUUAUCAGAAUGCCAGUUGCGAGCUCAGCAAUGGGGUGGUGUACCUUAUGUUGAAACUUCAGCUAAAACUCGUGAGAAUGUUGACAAGGUGUUCUUUGAUUUGAUGCGUGAAAUUCGAUCACGAAAGACCGAAGAUUCUUCAAAAUCAAGUAGUCGUACAAAAGACAAAUCCAAACGAAGAAAGCUUAAAUGUACACUGCUAUAAGUAAAAGACAAAUUUAAGCAGUUGCAUCGUAAAAUUUACUUUAAGUAUCUAAGCCAUCUAUUGGUGUUAUUAACAAUUCGGUGUGUAAAUUGUAUGUUUUCCUUAUCAUGAAAUCUUUUAGAGGAAAUGUUCAUAAGUUUAAGAAGCUUAUUUGGAUAUUACGACACUCACAAUUUGUUUGUCUUUAAGAAAUCAGUUGUUGAAAGCUUAAACUUUAUUUAAGACUACCUAUUUCAAAUUAAUUCAGAUGAGAAUAUUCAAUGAGACAUUUAAAAACUCAAUUUAUUUACUUUUCACUGUACAUUUACAUUUAUUUAACGUUUAUCUAGCAUUUACAUUUAUUUAUCUAUUUAGAUGAAAUUAAAUUUAUAAUUCUUUUCUGUUCUUAUUUGAAUUGUUUGAAAUUCAUUGAGUUAUUGCAACUGUUAAGAAAAAAAAGAGAUUAAAAAUUUGGAAUGAUCAAGAACAGAUUGCAUAGAUAAGUUAAUUAAUAGGUAAUUAAGAUGAAUAGCGAUUAUGAUUUUAAAACACUUUCUAUCUCACAACUCUUGAUACAACAAUAAGAUGAAAAGUAAUAACAGAAGAUUCAAAGAACACUUCAGGUUAUUUUUUCAUAUAUGUAGCUUUUAAUAUGACCGAGUUAUGACAUACAAGCAGCAACCCAACAAACAAUAAACCAGAAAUUUCUUUUCUCUUCUUUUCAAAUUACAAAUAAAUUGCAAUUACAGAUAAAAAUAAUGAAAAUUUCACUCACUUCACUUAAUCAAUCAAUAAUCAGAUUUCUUU